AUGAGCAGGAAGGCGCAACGUAAGCGACGACGUGGCGAUGCUGAUGUGGCUAGGGCAAAUUACGUGACAGCCAAGAAAGCACUAACGAAGGCAAUAAAAAUCAGCAAGAGGCAAGGAUGGGCUACGUUUCUGGAGGCAGUAGACAGGGACGUCUGGAGUCGCGGAUACAAUAAUGUCUACCACUGCCUUGGAUAUCGGAUGUCAGUUCCUUUAAGGGAUCGAGUAUCCAUGAAAGCAAUCGUCGAUGAUCUCUUUCCGGAUCAUCCGGUAAGAGUUUGUGCUCCGCUGCUGGUAAUCGAAGCUGAUGUCCAACUUUUUACCAACGAUGAAUUGCAUAUUGCUGUUUAUUACCUGAGCAAUCGAAAGGCUCCGGGUCCAGACGGGAUACCUGUCGAGAUACUGAAAAUAGUUGCGAGUGAAUACCCAUCAGUUUUACUCAAUAUGUACAAUGUAUGUUUAGUGGCUGGCAUUUUUACAAAAAGAUGGGAAAUGCAGAGAUUGGUUUUGCUGGACAAGUGUAAGGGCCCACUUAUCACCCCCUCGUCAUUCGGACAGUUAUGUAUGCUAGACAAUGCAGGGAAAAUCUUCGAGAAGCUACUACGUACUCGUUUACGGAAUGCCAUAGAAGAAUCUGGCGGACUUUCUGAGAAUCAGCAUGGGUUUCGUAUAAAUCACUCGAUAAUUGGUGCAAUUAAAGAGCUCAUAACAAUGACUCAAAGGGUUUGGCAAGGUAAUCACAGAACUAGGAGCUGCUGUGUACUGAUCACCCUCGAUGUGAAGAACGCCUUGAACUCAGCGAGAUGGGUUGACAUCCUGGAUGCACUUAAGCAUGGGUUCGGAGUGCCGGCGUAUCUGCGAAGCGUGAUCAGUGACAACCUUGACGACAGGAUGCUGUUGUAUGAGACAACAGAAGGCCAACAGAGUAGGAAGGUCACUGCAGGUGUAGCACAGGCGUCUGCACUUGGACCUGAUUUAUGGAACGUGGUUUAUAACGAUGUGUUGAAGAUCGUUUUACCUAAGAGAGUCAAACUGAUUGGCUUUGCAGACGACCUUGGGACCAUGAUAUUAGCAAGGACUGUCAGUAAGACGGAAGUUGUGGUCUUGACUAUACAGAGACAUUAUAGGGAUCUAGCAAGGUUUGAGAUAGCAGGAGAAACGAUUGUGGCUGUGCCAGCAGCCCAAUAUCUAGGAGUGUAUGUCUACAAGAAGCUUACGCACUGGUCACAUAUCCAGAAAGCAGCCGACAAAGCCAGCGUAAUGGUAGCGAAGCUUUCCAGGCUAAUGCCAAACAUUAAAGGCCCCCGAGAAAGCAAGAAAAAAAACUCUCAUGAGUGUAGCUCAUUUAAUAAUGUUGUAUGGUUCGGAGAUUUUGGCGGAUGCCCUGAAGCUCCAGCAGCAAUGGUUGUGGCGGGUGUCAUACCGAUCUUCCUUCUCGCCAUGAAGAGAAAAAGAGUAUAUGACCGAAGUCAACGGGAGCAAGAUCGACAAUCAAUUAGAGCCCAGGAGAGAGCCAGAACUAUCGUAGAAUGGCAACUAUGUUGGAGUACAGAAACCAGAGGAAGAUGGACUCAACGAUUAAUAAGGGAGGUGGCUUCAUGGAAGGAGAUAGAGUUCUGUGAUUACUGCCCCACGAAAAUCGCUAACGUAGAGCACACGUUUUAUGAAUGUGAUAGAUGGGCGCAUAAGAAACACGACUUAGAGACUGUUUUUGGGCAUGUGUUUACCCCUGAGAACACAAUAAAUACGAUGCUACGCAACCAAGAAGACUGGGAGUCGGUGACGUCUUACGUGGAAAUUAGAAAUUUCCAAGCAGGGUCGAAGACCGGCGAGCCCCAGAAUAGACAAUUGUCCAUUCUGCUGAGGACGACGCGUGCCCUGGAGGGAGUAUCAACUAAGUGCAAAAACAAAGAAGUAAAUAGAGAAGUCCAAUCUGGCGAGCAAGAUUUAGCCGAUGUACGGCUUAUUGGCCUUAUCCCCAUGCUCCUGAAGGGAGUCAGAGAGACGAGGAAAGGCGAAAUCCUCAUCGAGGUGGGUCCUUCAGCAGAUGGCAGAUCAAAACUGUCUUUAGCUAUUAAGGAGGUCGUCGGUACUGUCAGUUCCGUGCGUGAACUCGUCCCGAGGUCCUAG